GCUUCCGUAAUGUUGUUAAUUUUUGCGGCUUCAAAGAUCUAGGUUACUGUGGUCCGGAGUUCACCUGGUUUAAUAUGAAAGAGGGGUCGGACAGAAUAUCUCUCCGUUUGGAUAGAGCAUUUGCUACCUCAGAUUGGCUUGAAUACUUCAAGAGUCCUAAAGUUCAUUAUUUGGUUGAGUCUACAUCUGAUCAUUGCAUCCUCACUAUUACUGACUCUUCCCCUCCAGCCCGCAAAAAUAAGUGCCGUUUUCAUUUUGAAGCCAUGUGGGUCAAAAGGGAAGAUUGUCGUGAAGUCAUUAAAGCUGCCUGGAAUUCUGGUGCCUUGUUUGUCACGCCUGAGGGGGUAGCAUCCAAUCUUAAAAGAUGCGCAGAUGCGCUUACUACCUGGAAUCAGAAUGUUGUGGGAAAUAUUUCUAAGCAAAUUCAAGAAAAAAGGAAGGCUCUCAACUCCCUUACUAUGAAUGACCAACAUGGUUCUCGAGGGGCAGACAUCAACUGUCUUAGAAAGGAGAUUAAUGAUCUCCUGGACAGCGAGGAGACCAUAUGGCGGCAACGCAGUAAGGUUCACUGGUAUAAGGAAGGGGACCGGAACACAAAAUUUUUUCAUGCUCGAGCGUCAGAAAGGAGGAGGAAGAAUACUAUAUUGGGGCUAUGGAAUGAUAAUGGUGAAUGGUGUGAGAGUAAGGAAAGUAUCACAGCCGUUGCAAUAUCUUAUUUUGAGAACAUAUAUUCCACCUCCUUCCCCACGGGUAUUGAAGAGAUCACUAAUGUUGUUCCUAGACGUGUUACAGAGGAGAUGAAUGCAGAGCUCACUAAGGUUUUCACAAGAGACGAAGUCACUAAAGCGCUUCAACAGCUCCAUCCCACCAAGGCUCCUGGUCCCGACGUGAUCAUAAACGGUGAGGCUAAAGGAAACAUCAUCCCUUCAAGGGGUAUUAGGCAGGGAGACCCCCUUUCUCCCUGCUUAUUUCUCCUCUGUGCUGAAGGUCUCUCCACACUCAUUCAUGAAGUAGCUCGUAACCAACAGAUUAAUGGAAUUGCAAUUUGCAGAGGUUGCCCAAGAAUUACUCAUCUCUUCUUCGCUGACGACAGUCUCCUUUUUUUGCAAAGCAAUGGAUCAAGAAUGCCAAAAUCUUGUCAAUAUUCUCAAUAACUAUGAAGUGGCUUCAGGUCAGAAAAUCAACACUGAUAAGUCAUCAGUCUUUUUUAGCCCAAACACCCCCCAAGAGGUGAGGGAGAGUGUUAUGUGCAUUCUUGGUCCUAUGCAAGAUUCCAGGCACAACAAAUAUUUGGGGCUCCCAUCCAUCAUUGGGAAAUCAAAAUCUCAGGUGUUUGCUGAAAUUAAGGAUCGGGUUGCCAAAAAACUAGCUGGUUGGAAAGGAAAACUCCUUUCAAUUGGUGGGAGGGAGAUCCUCAUCAAGGCAGUUGCCCAAGCAGUGCCUACAUACACUAUGAGCUGCUUCCAACUUCCUAAGACACUAUGUAAGGACUUGGAGAACAUGAUGCAAAAUUUUUGGUGGGGGCAAAGGAAUGAGGAGAAUAAAAUUGCAUGGGUUAGUUGGAGAAGAAUGUGCAAAUCAAAGUUUUAUGGAGGAAUGGGUUUUCGAAACCUCCAAGCCUUCAACCUUGCCAUGUUGGCCAAGCAAGGAUGGAGAAUCCUAACAAACCCAAAUUCUCUAAUGGCUCAAGUUUAUAAAGCCAAGUACUUUCCUCAUGUCGAUGUGCUCAAUUCCAAGAAAGGCAACAACCCCUCCUAUGCUUGGCAUAGUAUUCACAAUAGCCUUGAAGUUGUCAGAAAGGGCACAAGGUGGAGGGUAGGCAAUGGGCGAAGAAUUCAUAUUUGGGAUGAUAGGUGGCUGCCAACUCCUUCUACGUACAAAGUGAUCUCGCCCCAAACAAAUUUUGAAGGUUUCCCCCCGGUGUCUUCUCUCAUUGAUUACGACACUAAAUGGUGGAAAGUUGAGGUGGUAAGGUCCAUCUUCUUGCCUUUUGAAGUCAAUAUUAUUUUGAAAAUCCCUCUGAGUUAUAACCUUCCUGAUGACAGCCUCAUAUGGAUUGGCAACAAAAGAGGCACAUUUAUAGUCAAAAGUGCUUACCAUAUUGCCUUAAGUAUGGUGGACCUAGACGAGGAUGGAGAAUGCUCAUCUGGUAAUGAAAGGACCUCUCUAUGGAAGAGAAUCUGGUACCAGAAAAUUCCACCAAAACUAAAAAUAUUUGCUUGAAGGACAUGUGUCAAUGGCCUUCCUACUAUGUUUAAUUUGAAUCAUAGAGGUAUCCACUGUUCAAGUUUCUGCCCUCUUUGUGACAAGGCCAUUGAAACCACAGCCCAUGCACUUUUCCACUGUGAUCAUGCUAAGCUGACUUGGGCUCAUUGGCAUAAUUGUCCUAUUGAUUUAUCCCACUGUACCAGAGAACCAGUGGACUUUGCAUUGGCCAUUGCUGAAAAAGACUCCUCCUUUGCAUUGGAACUCUUCUUUGCUGUUGCUUGGUCCAUUUGGUGGAAUCGUAAUCAAGCUCUUCAUGAUGAUUCUGGUGCCCCUCCAAGACAGAUUUGGGAUAUGGCUAAUCGAAUCCUUGGUGAGUAUAAGGAAGCAUGUUCAUUCUCUAAUCUACCACAGGUCCCUUCUUUGACCAAAUGGAGUGCCCCCCCUGCUGGUUUCUUCAAAAUAAAUGUUGAUGGCGCCGCCUCGGAUGAUGGUAAGCCAUCUAGCAUUGGCGUGAUAAUCCGAGACUGCCAAGGCUCCCCCACUGCAGCCUCCAGCAAGGUCCUUUCAUCGCCUUUUUCAGUUGAGAUUACAGAAGCUUUGGCUUUACAAGAGGGUGUGCUGCUAGCAUCAGAGAUGGGGCUCUCCAAAGUUAUUU